AUGCACAUCUCAGACUCGAUGGAUAUGACACCAGAUCAACCCCUGGCUAGCAGGGAACCAUCUGAAAAUGGCUCCGCUGGACCCCGGCGGUCACCUAAACCCUCUACAAACCGGGAUGCCCCCUUUUUGGGUCAUUCGUGCAGUAAUUGCGGUACAAAGAGUACGCCUCUCUGGCGAAGAUCGCCCACCGGUGCUAUGAUCUGUAAUGCAUGCGGACUAUAUUUAAAGGCGCGAAAUGUCCACAGGCCGACAAAGCGCAACCGUCCUCGCUCUCAGGUUGGGUCAGGCGGAGAUGUGGAUCCAGAUGCACACCCUGUGUCUUUAGAAAAGCCGGCCACGUCGCCAGCAACUGGUUGCAGUUCUGUGGGAUCGUGUCCAGGCGGUGGGAACUGUAACGGGACAGGCGGUGCCGAAGGCUGCGAGGGAUGCCCGGCUUAUAACAAUCGUGUGUAUAAAGCGGCUUCACGAACGAUCUCGACGACGCAACCUGUGUAUCCUCAGCCUUCCACCGAGGAAGAAAAGACAAACCCCAGUGCAUUUGAACCAAUCUCUGGAGGAAAUAAUGCAACUGGUGACCUUUUAGUUGCGUGUCAGAAUUGUGGUACUACAGUAACACCUCUUUGGCGACGCGAUGAGAGUGGACAUCCCAUCUGCAAUGCAUGCGGACUGUAUUACAAGCUUCACGGAUGCUAUCGACCCACGACUAUGAAGAAAUCAGUCAUCAAAAGAAGGAAACGAGUCGUGCCUGCGAUGCGUGACCACUCCCCCAGUGGUUUGACACAGUCAUCAGAGGGUUCUUCUGUCUCGCCCGAAACCAGGCCUGCAGCCCUCGCCCAUAUAUCUGACCGAAUCCUGGCUCCUCCCCCGGUCGACUUUACUGGAUACAAUUCGAAGGCGACGACUCUUCCUCACCACUCCGGUCCUCGUCUGCCUGAGCUGCAAUCCACCUUCCGUCGCCAGUCACGUUCACCUGGGUCAACACCAGGUAAUAGAGAUGGAGAGAUAUUGGCCCCAAUCGAACCGUCGAACCAACUUCCUCCGAUCAUGUCGCAAGCCAACCCUCCUCCUCCGGCUCGUCUUAGUCCGAUUUCCUCGAUUCUAAACCAGGGCACAGGAGCGGACGAAUCCAAAAUGGCUGGGUAUCGGCACUCGCCACCGUUGCAUUCGCCAUUACCUUCUCCUGGCCAACCGGAUUCUUAUCUCAAGAUUGACCGUCGGUCACAGCUUCAGCGCGAGGCCGAGCAAAUGCGGGAGGCUCUCAAGGCCAAGGAACGAGAAUUGGCAGAACUUGAGAGAUAA